GCAGGGGGGCUCGCGCUCUCAAGGGACUGCAAAAUACCAUUCAGUUGAUUCAAGCCUGGAAUCUCUUGAGACACCUGCGGAGGGAAUGAUCUGAACCAGGAAAUAGUUAAGGCAGUUUUGAGGUGGCCCACUGCCACAAUUUCUUUGUGGUUGUGCUGCUGUUUUCUUUUCGUGUGUGUGUGUGUACACGAAGAGCCUCAGAUAAUCGAUGUGUGAGAGUGAGCGUGAACACGUGCUCUCUGAAACUCAGCCUCCGCGGCUUCUGCAUUCACUCUGUCCAGAGGCACAGGAUGUCGUUUAUGACGGUUUAAACUGCUCGCCAAGCCCACCCCCUCAAAGGAACGUGCGCUCGGAGCAGCCAGUGCUAACCGGCCACCGAGCUCUUCAAUCCCUGCUCUGAAUUCUGGCAGACGGCAGGCAGGAAGUGGUCAGCAGGCUGCAGUUGAGGAUCUCCCUCCCCUCCAAGGGAUGAGACAGUGUUUAAUCCGCGUCUACCCCCGUCUCUUGAACUGUUUAUCUCCUGAAUUUGGAAGCGCCGCUUCAGAAUUGGGGUUCAGCACAGAUGUGGAAAGAGUGAGCACACACUUAAUUAAAACUCCGACCAUUCAACACUCUCUCGGGUUUCUGUCAAUGGGAGCUACUAUGCCGUCAAUUGAUGGAGUCUGUGGUGCAUAACCCAUGUUUCGAGGAAAGAAGACUGAUCUUGAUCUGCUCCUUCACCACGACCCAUUUUAGUGCCCAGAGUGGAUGUAUUGCAGACUCUUCAGUCUCUUGACACUUUUCCCUCCACUUAGGUGGUAUUUAUUUAUUUAAUUUAUUAUUUUUUAAAAUUCGUUACUUUUCUGCCAAAAUGAUGGAAGAGGUUUCUAUGACGGUUGCGUACGAUGCUCACGUCUUCGGUCAAGUGGAUGAGGAGGACACUUUGGCCAAUAUGGUGGCAACCACAAAGCCCAAGUCAAUGGUGCCAACGAAAAAGCUGAAGAAAUAUGAAAAGGAGUAUCAAACCCUGAGAGAGCAGCAGGCACAUCAGGAAGACCCGAUUGACAGAUAUAAGCGGGAGAAUCGGAGGUUGCAGGAGGCCAGCUUGCGCCUGGAGCAGGAGAACGAUGACUUGGCUCAUGAGCUUGUGACCAGCAAGAUCGCCCUGAGGAGUGACCUGGAUCAGGUUGAAGACAAGGCUGAUGUCCUCAACAAGGAGCUCCUCCAAACCAAACAGAGGCUGGUGGAGACUGAAGAUGAGAAAAGGAGACAGGAGGAAGAGUCAGCGCAGAUUAAGGAGGUUUUUCGCAGGGAGCUAGAGAAAGCGGAAUGUGAAGUCAGCAGAACAAGUGCCAUCAUUUCAGAAUACAAACAGAUUUGUUCACAAUUGAGUACACGGUUGGAGAGACAGCAGGCGGCGAGUAAGGAGGAACUAGAACUCGUGAAGGGUAAAGUGCUGUCGUGUGACCGCUGCUGUGAGCUCUUCAGGAAGGACGGUGAGCUGCAGCUCCCUGAGCCUGGCCAGGAUCACGCGAAGCAGUAUGUCGAUGAAGAGAAGGAGAUUCUGAAGAAGCAGCUGCGGGAGAUGGAGCUGGAGCUAGCGCAGACCAAGCUGCAGCUGGUGGAGGCCAAGUGUAAAAUCCAGGAGCUGGAACACCAUCGGGGAGCUCUCCUCAAUGAGAUCCAAGCUGCCAAAAACUCCUGGCUCAGCAAGACCCUGACCUCGAUCAAAACCGCCACCGGCACUCAACCCCCUCAGCCUCCGCCUUCCCCUGCUCCGAAGGAAAGCACAUAGUGCCACACACCUCGUCCUCCCCCCUUCUCCCCCCUCCACCCCGUCUUCUCAGCCCCUGAUGGUGAGGGAACAGCAUCCUGAGGAUGACCACCUGAACUCAACAGCAAGUCCCCUCACCGCUGACACCAUCCUCGAGCUCAAGAAAUGGCCCUGCUCAGGGCCAGCUGUCCAACUCUUUGUACAUUCAAAUCCUUCCUCAUUCUGGGAUCCAAUCUGACGGAUUGAUGGUUUGUAUAUUGUUGAACAAGAAAUGUUGUAUUUUACUAUCAGUACCUUGUCGUUUUCAUUGACAGCAGUUAAUUGAGAGUCUCAUUGGUUUAAUGUGGUGAACAGGUCAGUUCUCCAGGCACUGUGAAAGAUAAGGGCCUGUGAGAAAUGCCAGUGUUUGCUGAUUUGUCACCUUGCGCAGGCGAACUGAGAAUCUUCUUCACUCUCUCCAGUCUCUCUUUGCUCUCCUUUCUUCUUUCACACUCUCCUGUGUGCUCCCUCUUUCUGAACUACUUGCUCUCCAGACCUUGCUUGCUUGCUUGCUUCUCUCUCUCACUGGACUGAGAGCUGCUCCUAUUCAUUGACUCUCAGAGAUCAUGAUGUUUUGCUCAGGUCAGUUCCCAUGAUGCACUCUGCUCAUCCUGCCUUACCCACUUAAUGUUCUGCUUGGAUCUUUAUGCAAUGGUCUGUCCACCAUUUUUCCCUUUUCAGUCUUUACAAACCAAUGUGCGUGGACGUGACAGAGGAAUAGCUAAAGGACUCGAUUUGCACAAUGUACAAAGAACAAAUGAUCUAUCUUGUUUCUUUAAUUUUCAAACAAGUUCAAUAUUAAAUGUAGUUAAAAUCUGGGGAAAUUUUAAGCUUAACUUGCAGCAGCCUGUUGUCCCAGUGAACAGGUUCCUUUUGUUGGUGUGUUUAUCUGUAAUACCCAGCUGCCCCCUGUUGUUCACCCUAGUGCAACCAUCUCUUGGGGGCAGCUUAUAUUUGUAACAAUUGUAUUUUCAACAAUAAACUAACUCACUGUU